ACAGACAGCAAUGGCAGCCCAAGUACUUGUAAUUGGCAAUGGAGGAAGGGAACAUACACUGGCCUGGAAACUUGCACAGUCUAAUCAUGUCAAACAAGUGUUGGUUACCCCGGGAAAUGCCGGCACUGCCUCCUCCGAAAAGAUUUCAAAUACUGAUGUCUCCGUCAGUGAUCAUGCUGCCCUUGCUCAGUUCUGCAAAGAGGAGAAAAUUGAGUUUGUAGUUGUUGGACCAGAGGCACCUCUGGCUGCUGGAAUUGUUGGGAACCUGACAUCUGCAGGAGUACGGUGCUUUGGCCCCACAGCAGAAGCAGCUCAGUUAGAGUCCAGCAAAAGAUUUGCCAAAGAGUUUAUGGAUCGACAUGGAAUCCCAACGGCACAAUGGAGAGCUUUCACCAAACCUGAAGAAGCCUGUAGCUUCAUUAUGAGUGCAGAUUUCCCUGCUUUGGUUGUGAAGGCCAGUGGUCUUGCAGCAGGGAAAGGGGUGAUUAUUGCGGAGAGCAAAGAAGAGGCCUGCAAAGCUGUACAGGAGAUCAUGCAGGAUAGGGCUUUCGGAGAAGCUGGAGAAACAAUUGUCAUUGAAGAACUUCUUGAAGGAGAAGAGGUGUCUUGCCUGUGCUUCACUGAUGGGAGGACUGUGGCCCCCAUGCCCCCAGCACAGGACCAUAAGCGAUUGCUGGAUGGAGAUCAUGGCCCCAACACGGGGGGAAUGGGAGCCUAUUGUCCAGCACCUCAGGUUUCUAAGGAUUUGUUGCUAAAAAUUAAAGAUACGAUUCUUCAGAAGACAGUGGCUGGCAUGCAGCAGGAGGGUGUCCCAUACACAGGUAUUCUCUAUGCUGGUAUAAUGCUGACCAAGAAUGGUCCAAAAGUUUUGGAGUUUAACUGCCGUUUCGGUGAUCCAGAGUGCCAAGUGAUCCUCCCGCUUCUGAAAAGUGAUCUUUAUGAAGUGAUCCAGGCUACCUUAGAUGGUAGACUGUGCACAUCUCUGCCUGUUUGGCAUGACAACCGCGCUGCCGUAACUGUGGUCAUGGCAAGUAAAGGUUAUCCAGGAGACUACACCAAGGGUGUAGAGAUAACAGGGUUUCAUGAGGCUCAAGCUUUAGGACUGGAGGUGUUUCAAGCAGGCACUGCCCUAAAAGAUGGCAAAGUGGUGACUAAUGGGGGUAGGGUCCUUACGGUAACGGCCAUCCAGGAAAAUCUCAUCUCAGCCCUGGAAGAAGCCAAGAAAGGACUCGCUGCUAUAAAGUUUGAGGGAGCCAUUUAUAGGAAGGACAUUGGCUGUCGUGCCAUAGCUUUCCUCCAGCAGCCCAGGGGCCUGACGUACAAGGAAUCUGGGGUAGACAUUGCAGCUGGAAAUAUGCUGGUCAAAAAAAUUAAGCCAUUAGCAAAAGCCACUUCCAGACCAGGUUGUGAUGUUGAUCUUGGAGGUUUUGCUGGUCUUUUUGAUUUGAAAGCAGCUGGUUUCAGUGAUCCUCUUCUAGCCUGUGGGACAGACGGCGUUGGAACCAAACUGAAGAUUGCCCAGCAGUGCCAUAAACAUGAUACCAUUGGUCAAGAUUUGGUUGCAAUGUGUGUAAAUGAUAUUUUGGCACAAGGAGCCGAGCCCCUCUUUUUCCUCGAUUACUUUUCCUGUGGAAAACUUGACCUCAAUACGACGGAAGCUGUUGUGGCUGGAAUCGCUGAAGCUUGUAAAAAAGCCGGAUGUGCUCUCCUCGGUAUGAUCAUCCAUUUUAAUCACACGGGGUGAAACGCAGAAAUGCCCGACAUGUACCCUCCUGGAGAGUAUGACUUAGCCGGUUUUGCCGUUGGUGCCAUGGAACGAGAUCAGAAACUCCCUCAUCUGGAAAGAAUCACGGAAGGGGACGCUGUUAUUGGAGUGGCUUCAUCUGGUCUUCACAGCAAUGGAUUUAGCCUUGUGAGGAAAAUCAUAGCAAAAUCUUCCCUCCAGUACUCCUCUCCAGCACCUGAUGGCUGUGGUGACCAGACCUUGGGGGACUUACUUCUGACUCCGACCAGAAUCUACAGCCAUUCGCUGUUACCUGUACUACGCUCGGGACAUGUUAAGGCCUUUGCCCAUAUUACUGGUGGAGGAUUGCUGGAAAACAUCCCCAGAGUCCUCCCUCAGAAAUUUGGGGUGGAUUUAGACGCCCGGACCUGGAGGAUCCCCAGGAUCUUCUCCUGGUUACAGCAGCUAGGACAUCUCUCAGAAGAAGAGAUGGCCAGAACAUUUAACUGUGGGAUUGGGGCUGCCCUCGUGGUGUCAAAGGAUCUGACAGAGCAGAUUCUGCAAGAUAUUGAGCGGCAUAAGGAAGAAGCCUGGGUGAUUGGCAAGGUGGUAGCGUGUCCUGAAGGUUCUCCUCGUGUGAAAGUCAAGCAUCUGAUUGAAAGCAUGCAAAUAAAUGGAUCAGUGUUGGAGAAUGGCACCCUGAAAAAUCAUUUCUCUGUUCAACCGAAAAAGGCAAGAGUAGCUGUCUUAAUAUCUGGCACAGGAUCGAACCUCCAAGCCCUCAUCGAGAGCACUCAGGCACCAAGUAGCUCUGCACACAUCAUUGUUGUGAUCUCCAACAAAGCAGCAGUGGCCGGCUUAGAUAAAGCAGCAAGAGCCGGCAUCCCCACCAGGGUAAUUAAUCACAAAUUAUAUAAAGAUCGUGUAGCAUUCGACAUGGCAGUUGACCAAGUCCUUGAAGAGUUCUCCACAGACAUAGUCUGUCUUGCAGGAUUCAUGAGAAUUUUAUCUGGCCCCUUUGUUAGAAAAUGGAAUGGGAAAAUGCUCAACAUCCACCCAUCCUUGCUCCCUUCAUUUAAGGGUUCAAAUGCCCAUGAGCAAGUCCUGGAUGCCGGGGUCACGGUCACUGGGUGCACUGUGCAUUUCGUAGCUGAGGAUGUCGAUGCUGGACAAAUUGUUUUACAAGAAGCUGUUCCAGUGAAGAGGGGAGACACCAUUGAAACUCUCUCUGAAAGAGUAAAAUUAGCAGAGCAUAAAAUAUUUCCCUCAGCCCUCCAGCUGGUGGCCAGUGGCACUGUACAGCUUGGAGAAAAUGGCAAGAUCCGUUGGGUCAGAGAGGAAUGAAAUGUCCUUGUCCAGGGAUGGAGCCAGCUUUGAACAAAUUCUGACCACUGCAGAGUGGCUUUCCUCAUGGACUCAGCCCUAAAAGAUCCAAAGCAUACCGGUAUAGUCUCCAGUGGUCUUGCAGGUUUUACCUGCGUGGGGCCUUCUUGGUUACAGUCAAACUGGUCAUUCAGAAUUCCUUUUGCUCUCAGCCAAGCAGGAUACCAAAACUUAAUCUUAUGUUCUUUCUCAUAGAGUUAGUUAACAAGUCUAGGAAGUUAAUAGCUCUUCCCCCAUGUUGAGUAUAUCUAUGCCGAUUUGAAUUGAGAUUUCGCUAAUUAUUCUCAUCAUAAGUUGGUGUCAUAAAACUUCUGGGGAGCUCCCACUUCUGAGGGUAGUAUGCUUUGAAGUAUCAUUAAACUUUCCUCUAAUAAUUGACAAUUUCUACCAUACCCAUAUUUUAGCUUCAUAGUUUGAGAGGAUGGAAGGCAAUCUACCCAGACUAGUAAAGAGUAUCAUGAGACUGCGUGCAUUUCCCACUCUAGCCAGUAUUUCCAAUUUGGAUAUUCAGUUCGGGAACCAGGAGGUCUGGGUUGACAUACUGGGCACAUGCACUUGACCCUACACAGAGGACCAACCACAUUUCUUUCUUUAAUAGCUGAGCGAACAGGCAAUGGCCACCUGGCCCACAGCCAGGCAACCAGCCCGCCUGAGACUGCCGAGCCUCCUUCCGGGUGGCCUAAGAGCCCUGCCUGCCCAACAGGACGACCUUCCCGCAAGGGAACAGCACAGAUGUACACUAGUUACAAACAGAAGAUAAUCAACUCCCACCUUAAGACAGGAGGGAGCACAGAGGGUCCCGGGGAAGCAGAGUGCCAGAAAAAAGAAACGAGACCUUUGCCAAGAGACCCUCCUCACUGCCUCUGGUCCAAGUAGGUUUCCCCAGGCAGCUGGCAGCAUUACCCUACCUCUUGUUGACCGCAGUCAGCAACUGCCAUCAGAUGGGAAGUCCAGGUACAUCAUUUCACAUAGGUGCCUUUGCUGCAAAAACAACUGAUUCACUUUUUUUCUAGAGUUCACUCAACAUAAGUAAGCAUCUAUACGCCAAACACUGUCCUAUGCCAUUUUUAGGACGUUAGAAGAUACAAAGGAACAUGUUACUGGUUGAUAAAAUCGCAUAUUGUGAUAAAAGUAGAAGCUGGUACUAGGAUGUAAAUUAGAAAAAUCAAUGUGAAUUUAUGCUUUUAGAAAUAUAGUUGUCUAGCUCUUAACUUUGACACUAGUCUCCACAAAAAGGAACCCAAACUCCACAGAAGGUAGCUAAUUCAGUAUCUUGGGAUAGGAAGAAUCAAAGUGUGUAGAAACUAGGCGUUUGCUUAAAGGGUAUCCUACUGUCUAGUUUGUGAUAAACUGAAUGUUAUUUGUACAUGUUGAGUGUGAACAGCCAUUGGCUUAUAAUACUCAAAGACAAAAGGUCAUUGAAGUUAUGAAGAGUCAUAAUGCAUAAAAGGGUGAAAACAAGAUGUUCAUCGUUUAAUAAAUAUAGAUGUUUGUCUUUUAUUA